UCUGGUGGCAUGUGACCAUUUGUGUUGUGGUGACAACAGUUACGGGGAAGCUGCUGCAGACAUCCCUGACCAAGGAAGGGGAGACAGUGCGUCUGGACCAGAGGAACGUGCCCUUCCAGGUGGACACGUCCAGUGACAGCCCCUUCCUCAUCCUGCCUCUCACCUUCUACCACAUGAUUGAUGACAACAGCCCUCUGCGAGCCUGGGCCGCCAAGGGUUCCAGUGCUGUGACUUCUUGGUUUGUGCUGAAGGGAGAAGAUCUCACUCUGGAUGUUCAGAAACCUGAUAUUCAAAAAGGAAACACAUUUGCAUGGAAGUUCAAAAGUAGACAAAAUGUAGUAAUAUUAGUCAAUGAAAAACCAGUAGUCUCUAAAAACUACACAGGAAGGGUUGAAUUUUCAUCAGUAGAUUACUCUUUGCUGUUGAAGAGUCUAACAGAAGCUGACAGUGGAGUUUAUUCUGCACUGCUGUCUGGGGACAAAGAUGUGAAAGUGGCUGAAUAUGAAGUCACAGUUCAAGAGCGAGUGUCUCCAGUUCACCUGACAGUGAACUCCUCCAGCUCAGACUCCUGUAACGUCACUGUGACCUGCAGCAGUCAGGACUCUUCCAUCAGCAGCACUUUGACAUGUGACAGAGGAAACUGCUCUCUGGAGGGAGGAGAGAGGUCAGAGGUCACAGCCUCUGCUGCCUCCCUCAGAGUCUACCUGUUGAAUGGGUCAGUCAUCUGUAACCAUAGCAACCAGGUCAGCUCGAGUGAGGACAGGGAGAAGAUUGAUGCUCUCUGCUGGCCAGAUGUUGUCGACAACAGAACGGAACUGCCCACAUCCACAAUCAUUGUGAUUGCAGUGGUCUGCGUCGUCAACGUCUGUCUCGUAGGAUUAAGUGUUCUCGUUUGCCGAAGGUAUAAAAAAGAAAAGCUUACAGUGAAUCCCAAGAGCAGAGAUGAGGGAGAGAUGAUGAUGAGAGAGACCAGAGAGAAUACAGUGUAUGAUACUCCAAAGCAACCCAUUCCAGGCUGUGCUGUGGCUCAGGGCCGCACAGCAGAGGAAGCAGCUGAGGCCGAGUCUCGAACCAUCUACAGCUUGGCUGGUCCCUCCGGGCAGCCUAAUGAUGUCAGCGUGUAAGCUCAAAUAUGUGG